CUUUAAUAUAAUUAUUAAUCAACUCGAUCCCAUCCUAUCCAGCCUAACUAGCUGGCCUACUUAUCAUCAACAGGCCGAUAUAAACCAGCUGAUCCAGCAAGUUAAACAAAUUGCAUAUAUGCAGUAUUAUAAUUCCAUAUAGCUGUUUUACUCAAUCUCCGAUAUGAUCACGAUGGCAAGUGCCGCAUUAUUAUUAUUAUUAUUAUUAUUUAUGAUAUUUAGCUUCUUGGGUUGUUUUUGUUAUAUGAAGAUGAAGAUGGAAAGCAGCAGCCGGUCGGCGAUUCCAAGGAAGUGGGCAGUAGUGGGAAUGUUGCCCGGGCUUCUAUACAACGCUCACCGACUGCACCAAUUUGUCACUGAUAUUCUGAAAGAGAGCGGAGGGACAUUUGAGUUUAAAGGACCUGUGUUGGGUAACUUGGACAUGCUUAUUACCUGCGACCCUGCUAACAUCCACCACAUCCUCAGCCGGAACUUCUCCAACUAUCCAAAAGGCCCUCAGUUUCGACAAAUAUUUGAUGUUUUGGGGGACGGCAUUUUCAAUGUGGAUUCCCAGUUGUGGGAGUUUCACCGUAAAACCACCCUCUCCUUCUUCAAUCAUGCCCACUUCCACACCUUGCUAGAGACUAAUGUGUGGCACAAGGUUCAGAAUGGGUUGUUGCCGCUUCUGGAUUCUUUUGCGGAACAGGAAGCCCAGUUUGAUUUGCAAGACGUUUUCCAGCGCUUCACCUUUGACACCAUCUCUAAGCUCGUCCUCCACCAUGACCCUGGAAGCCUCUCCCUUGGCUUGCCAUAUAUUCCAUGCGAGAAGGCCUUCAAUCCUAUGGUGGACGCCCUUCUGUACAGGCAUAUACUUCCGGAGAGCUGCUGGAGGUUACAGAAAUGGCUGGGGAUUGGCAAAGAGAAGAAGCUUAUUCAGGCGUGCCGGGCUUUUGAUCAAUAUAUAUACUCCUGCAUUAAUAAACAACGCCUCCGCCAAGAGGAGCUGAUGAUGAUGAUGAUGGCGAGCACAAAUAUUAAUAAUGACAACUCGGAAGACUUUAGCUUGUUCACCGCUUACGUACAAGCAUACAAGCAGCAGGAGCAACUCACUACUAGUACUGGUUCUUCACUAGUGAAGUUUCUGAGGGACACUUUCUUAAGUUUAAUGUUUGCAGGGAGAGAUACAACCAGCUCAACUCUCACUUGGCUUUUCUUCCUGCUCGCCCAAAAUCCCUUGGCUCAGGCAAACAUCCGAGAUGAGAUUGAAAACAAAUUGAAUCUUCAUCUUCUGCAGAAACAAGAUAAAAAGUUGUUGUUUUUGAAGGUAGAAGAAUGCCAGAAAUUAGUGUAUCUGCACGGUGCACUGUGUGAAUCCCUGAGACUGUUCCCACCUGUGGCCAUUGAGCAUAAGGUGUCGGCAGGGAUGGACGUCCUCCCUAGUGGGCAUCUGGUCAAGCCCAACACCAGAAUGAUACUCUCAUUCUAUUCAUCAGGAAGGAUGGAUUCAAUAUGGGGCGAAGAUUGCAUGGAGUUCAAGCCAGAGAGGUGGAUUUCAAGCAAAGGGAGAAUCAAGCACGAGCCUUCCUACAAGUUUCCGGCAUUCAACGCCGGACCCAGGACUUGUUUAGGUAAAGAAAUGGGUUUGGUUCAGAUGAAAAUGAUUGCUGCAAUCAUCUUACACCAUUAUGAGUUUCAAGUGGUGGAUUCUCAUUCAGUUUCUCCCAGUGAUUCAAUCAUCAUUCAAGCUAAACAUGGCUUGAAAGUCAAAUUUACCAAACGAAAUACUGCAUGACACUUUGUCUGUAUAUGUUCGUUCGUUCGAGUCCCCACGCUCAGCAGUAAUAUAAGGUAAGCUAAGUUUACACUCUGGAAAUAAAGCAUAUUUACUGCUACAAUAAUUCCAAAUGCUUAAUUUAUUAUUUGUUUACACAGUAGUAGUAGUAUCUGCUCAUAUUGUAACAGUUCCUACCCAUUAUAAUUUCAUCAAUUUACAUUCUAUAAGCUAGCUAGGCAUAUAUAUGUA